CGCCGGGGGUGUGUACGCCAAGAGGGGGAGGAAGCCGAGAAGCACCUCCCACUGAAGCCGGCGGUUACUGCCCCACGAGAGACCACCCACCAGCCAGGAGCGGUCGCAGGACCCGCAGCGGCGCGAGGCCUUGUUUACACCGACUGCAGCCACUGCGUUGGCCAACCGCUGCUCCGUCACGCGCCUGGCUCGUCACGCAUCUCGCGGCUUCCCGGCCGGCGGGCUGCAAACGUCACACGACGGCCCCGCCCCCUUGGCCCGCCAACUGGACAGCGGAGCGCGAUGAUUGAUAGGUGCACCCCUCCCAGCCCAGCUCCAGAAUGGCCCUGCCCCCCAGUCCCCUGGCCAUGGAAUAUGUCAAUGACUUUGACUUGAUGAAGUUUGAGGUAAAGCGGGAGCCCUCUGAGGGCCGUCCUGGCCCCCCUACAGCCUCACUGGGCUCCACACCUUACAGCUCAGUGCCUCCUUCACCCACCUUCAGUGAACCAGGCAUGGUGGGGGCGACCGAGGGCACCCGGCCAGGCCUGGAGGAGCUGUACUGGCUGGCUACCCUGCAGCAGCAGCUGGGGGCUGGGGAGGCACUGGGGCUGAGUCCUGAAGAGGCCAUGGAGCUGCUGCAGGGUCAGGGCCCAGUCCCUGUUGAUGGGCCUCACGGCUACUACCCAGGGAGCCCAGAGGAGACAGGAGCCCAGCACAUCCAGGUGAGUGUGGCCGCCCAGCUGGACGCGCUGCGGGCGGAGGUGGCCCGCCUGGCCCGGGAGCGAGAUCUCUACAAGGCUCGCUGUGACCGGCUAACCUCGAGCGGUCCCGGGUCCGGGGAACUCUCCCACCUCUUUCUCUGAGCCAUUCAGAGCACCUUGUGGUGUAGUGGGGGCUGGGUGGGGUGGCACCGCCCAGGAGGCGGCUGCACAGUUCUCUGCAUCGUUACCAGAGCGCCUUCUGGUCCUAGCCACGCCCUGUAUGACCGCGCAAAUAUCCCCAAAGCUUUUGGGUCCUCAAGUCAUGCCCGAAUUUAGAUGCUGGUCAUUUUCUGGAGAGGGGUCCCCUCCCCUUACGAACACAGAAACCCAGCCCACAUGACUAGCACGCUGAGCUCUGCAGGGACCAGUGCCAGGCACUGGGGGGUGGAAGUGUGGUGACAGUGAAUGAGAGGUGGGGGAGGGUUGCAGCUCCCACCUCAGUUUAGUUUUUAAUUCAAGGUUUUCAACCUGUAACACAUUAAAGCUGUAAUUAGCAAUAAGGCUGUAUUUUCAUUCUGAAGCUUGUAACCUCCUCAUUUUAGCACUACAGAAUUUUCAAGGUUUCAAUACCCAGUAACUAGACAGACUAGGAACUCUAUCCAAGAUGCUUUUUCCCUGCCCAACCCUGUGGCCUUCAGGGCUCAGAGCAGCAAAGGCCUGAAGCUCUGGGGGUUGUUGGUGUGGGUUGGGAGAGAGCUCUGUGCAGAAGUCUGGAAAUCUGGGUCCUAGUCCCAGCUCUUCCAUGGGAUCCCCCUGUCACCUUGAGCAAAUCGAUUGCUUCCUGGACUUGUGUUACUUCAUCUAAUUCUCAUUUGGAUUGGACGACUUCUGCUCCCUUUCCAGUUCUGGCAUCUCCCCAGUGUGGAAGUCCCAGUGGUCUCCCCAAGAAGUCCCCAAGACAAUCUCGCCAAGGGCACCUCCUAUCCUGCUCCGGUUUCCCAGCUGCAGCCUAGGCAGGGGAUGCACAGCCCAGGUGAGGAAGCCUGGCUUCUCUGUGAGCACAUACAUGGGUCCUCUGCAGCUCCCUCCAGGCUUCCUGGGCCUCCAGACCUGCACAGGGUGCUCCUACCACCUCCCGCCUCUCUGAGGGCUGAGGCGAGACUUCUCCUGGGAUGAAAAGGAGCUGAGAGAGUGCAGCUUUUGUGAAUUAAACUUGAAGUCCAGGAAGAAUUCUAAUGCAAUAGGCUAAAUGCUCUUGCAAUUUAAGAAGUGUUCAUUCUUUA